CCAGUGAUAGAACAAAUGUCUGGUGAGUCUUUUAUUUUUACAUGGAUCAGUACAUUAAGUGACAUCCUCGGGACAGUUAGUACCGCACCACAAAACAUCCUGACAUGGUUUUUUGCUUUAUCUCAUCCGGUCAGAUUAGUUUGGGGCAGAACUAUAAGAGGGGCAGGAGUCCUGCAGGGAGGCAGCAGCUUCUCUACAUUCCCUCAACAGGUCCUGAUUCAGUCAGCAGCCAUGAAACUGUCCAUCAUUGCAGCAGUUGUGGUGCUUGCUCUGGCACACGGAACAUUUGCCGAUGAGUUGGACGACCUUUUGAAGGACGUCCAUGCCAAAAUGUCCAAAGACUUCAGCGACAUUAUCAACAACCCGGAAGUCAAAAGCCAAGCUCAGCUCUUCUUGGACGAGAAAAGAGGGCAGCUGGAGCCCGCCGUCGAGCAGAUCCAACCCCACGUUGACCCCUUCAUUGAAAAAGUCCAGUCCUUCUUCGAUAGACUGAGAGAAGAGUUGGCCAAGACGAGCAACAAGUAAAGCAGCUGAUGCCGAUGUUUCAGCCGGAAGCACAUUUUUGGGCUAGUCCUUUGACUGGAUCAGCUCUGAAGCACCAUUCAAAUAAAUGCUCAAGCACUAUGGC